AUUUCUAUCAAGCUUCGGAUUAUUGUAAUAAAAGGACUUAGAGCCUUUGAUCGACAAUUAAUCGAGUGAUCGACAAAGGAUCCAAUUGCGAACGCCGCAAUAACUAUUUAGAGGCUAAUUUAUUUAAAAACUCAAUCAAGCUUAAACGCCGAUCGAAUGGUUAGGAUGUAAGAGAUUUCGUAUCAGGAGGAAAAAGCCAAGAUGCAAAGCUACAGGAGCAUCGAACAGUUAGAGGCCUUGGCCGCAUCUCCGAGCGGAAUUACGAUCAAGGACCAUGAAACGUUGAUUCAAGAGCUGAAGAAGGAGAACUUUGAUUUGAAGCUCCGACUGUAUAUGGAACAGAAAGAGAGAGAGAGGGUCACCGAAGAGUUUAAGCAAAAAAUUACAGUUUUGGAAAGCGAUCUAACAGAAGCUCUUGAUGAAUUAAGCGAUGCUCUCGACCGAGAAAAAGAUUUCGAGGCUGCUUUGGAAAGCUCACAAAUGCGGGAGAAGGCAUUGCUUGCUAAGCAACGUCGAAUGGAGGAAACUUGCCGUGAACAAGAAAACGAGAUUCAAUUUCUUACUUUGACAAAGAAGGACAAAGAUAAAGAGAAAGAGAAGCCACACGUAGAGUUACAGACGGCUGAGGUUGGAACCAUGACCGAUUUUCCAUUUUACAGUGAAAGGGCGGUGGAUGUUGGUAACGUCAAUGAGAAUGAAGCUUUUAGCGACGUUGAUUUGAAAGAUUCUGCCGAGAGCCCCAAUCCGAGUCCAACCCAAACCGAGACACGACCUGAAGGCGUGGAUCUGUUGAAUACAGGGACGCUUUUGCGGAAGAAGGACAUGAUUAUGAGAGAGGCGAAGCGCCGCAGAACAGCAAGAUCUAAGAAAGGCCAACGAAGGAAUGUCACUGGCAAAUACGACUCAGAGCCGGAACACGAAAGAGAACGAGCACGAGCGGAGAGAAAGUCAUUCUUCCAUAAACUGUGUUGUUGUGUGAAGCAGCAAAGUGCUGAAUAUGAAGUGGACCCUUACGAAGACAGAUCAAAAGUGCGCUACAGAAAGUAACAAUUUAAAUACUGCAUAGCUAGUUUAUCUCUGUCUUCACCGUCGUAAACGGUCGGAAUGACCGACGUCGCACGAAGUGUCAACGAACUGCCGAAGAACACUUUUCAACGAUGCGAAAUUUUAGCUGAAAUGAAUAUAAUUACAAGUUAGAUUUAUAGAGGUAACUGCUCUUCGUAGCAAAUUGCAGCGCGAUUUUUCGGUCCACUAAUCGAUUUUGAAGGAAUUUUUACAAAAUUUCAAGAUGACCCAUAACUUGUAAAUACCAUGUUUUUUUUUAAUUUUCGUGCUUCAGAGGGAAGAACAAUUCAUUACGUCACUUUGAAUGAUGUACUUCCAAUGAUCUGAGGCGAUUUUAACUCCGAGAAAAAGAAGAUUUUAUAAUGGACACAAAACUUAAAAUUUUUCAAAUAAUGUUAAACGAGUUGCUUUUCGAAUCAUGGAAGCCUACUCAAAUGUUCCCAUAUAAGUUCACGUGAUGAGUGACUAACAAGUAACAUCUCCUUACAAUAUUAUUACAGCAUCCAGCAGAAAGGUAAUGAGAAUUGAUAAGCGUAUCAACCAUGGUAUGUCAUUGUAAUGCAAUACCGAAUUUUUGUUAACUACACAGUCCUCCAUACUAAUUUUUUCAGUCGAAUACGGUGAAUCGUUGAUAUAAAUAAUUGACAGCUUUUUUUCUAUAAAUAUCGUUACAAUAGUGUCUUCUUAUGUCAAGAACUUCGCCGUAAGUUUAAAUUCUCUUUUUAGUAAUGUAUUAGAGCAAUUUUCAAUUAAGUGUCGAAAGCAAUACGGGAUUGCGGUGGUUUUGCUUACUUUGCUCUGUGAUUGGUCCAGAAAACUUGCGCCACUCUCCCAGCCAAUCAAAUGCAAAUCACGACUUGGUCGCCGCGUUUUCCCGCGCUUUGGGCGGUUGUAAUUACAUUGGCUUUGUUUUCACGACACUCAAUUGAAAAGCGCUCUCUACUUAAGAUUUGAAUAGGAAGGCAUAAUUCAUACUGAAAAAAAUUAAUUUACAAAAAUUUGAUGAAAUGGAAAGAAAGCUUAUUGUUUCGGGAGAGAAUGAAUUGGUGCCUCAAGGUUCCAAAUGAACAAAUUAUAUUUGAUGAGCAUUUUGGGGUUAAGUUCGAUUGCAAAACAUGGAAUUCAAAGGUUAAAUAUUUACCACAGAUACUUUUGUGGGUAAGGGGAUAGAUUAGUGAAAUUAUACGUAUACAUUUAAGCUGAUCUAAGAUAAAAAAAAACUUCUGAAGAAACAAUAUUUUAUUGGCAAGCCUAGACGAAAAGCGCCUAUAAUUUUUUUUAGGCUUGUAGAUCUAUUUUAAAAAAAAAUUUACAAACGAUAAUGCAUAUUUAAAACCAAGGGAAUGAUUUUGAGUUUAGAUAACUGUACAACUGAAUUACAUCAAAGCGGGUCAAAUAUAACAUUGCAUUUGUACAUAGAACCAAUACUUUAGAAUAAACUUAUGAACAAGCUUUGUGAAAUAAAUUCUUCUGUAUGAGAAAUGUUGGUUCACUCAGAGCGAGU